CGAGCGUCGAGGACCAGUCAACACACACACACUGCGCGCACCUUGGUAUAGUGAGCGACGAACGGGAUGGAGAAAAAGCCAGCGGCAACUACGAGGGCGAAUCCGAGGACGGUGCCAUUGCCGCCCUUGGCCUUCAUCGCGCGCUUCCUAGCUUCCGCUCCGACAGACAUCGUCACCUUUGUCGCCGCAGAUUACGUUGUGAUCGUCCCAUAUUAAGUGAUCACGUCCCGUAUUUAUUGUCGCUCGUAUUAUCAUGUUCAACCUGCGUCUGCGACUAGGACUGCUUGGACUCGUGGCUUCCUCAGUGGUCGUGCUGCUCGUUGGUUACUGGAAUCAGCCGCUCACUUCCGAAUCCGCUCUCUGGGACGUAAACGUCUCCGCAACAACGCAUCAGUCCAGCCCGUCUACUAUGUCUCUCACCGCCAAGCAGCGUGCGCUGGCGGCCGUGGCCGGCGGCUUUGUGGCUGACGCUGCUACCAUGGGGCUCCACUGGAUCUACGAUGGCGACAAGAUGAAGGAGCUCGCGGCAGCGCGUGGCUCAGCAGGUCCCGAGUUUUACGAGCCUCCAUCCUGCCCCUUCUACUCGUACGAGAGCGGCGCACUGUCGCCGUACGGAGACGAGAUCUUUCCGCUGCUACAGGAUGUGGCUGAGCGCGGCGAGUUCGUGCCGGAGGAGUUCGCCAUGGUGUCCUAUCGUGCCGCCAAGGCCUACACGGGUCGGCUGAACAGUGUCUUUAAGGAGAUGGUCGUCAAAGGCGACGCGGGCAAAAGGUACCCGGAGCUAGCGUCACCCAGCAAGGACCUACACGGCGGAAUCAAGGCUCCAAUUCUUGCUGCGCGCUACUUCCAGGACACGACCGUCCUGCUGCAGAAGGCGCGUGAGGCGGCGCGCGUGCACGAGAUUGGAGAGGAGGCCGAGAACGCGGCGGUGGCCACGGCACUGCUGAUCCAGCAAGUUGUACAGGGUGCUUCGGUGCCGGACGCUAUCCGGGCGCUCACGUCCAACGAAGCCGUGAAUGCUGACACGCGCACUUCUAUCCAGCAGGUUAUUGACGCAGUGGAGGCAAAGACUUUUUCGGAUGCCACAUCUGCCGUUGCUCACUUCGGCAAACCAUGCUCGUUGCCUGGUGUGCUGCAAGGAUCAGUGUUCGUGUUGUUGACUUCGGACGGGUUCGUGGAUGCAUUGCGUGCGAACAUGCUGGCGGGCGGAGACAACUGUAGCCGUGCCAUCGUCAUUGGAGCUGUCACUGCAGCGGCACAAGGGGGUGAUGCCAUUCCUGGUGAGUGGAAGCAGAAGACCAAAGUUUACGCUCAAGUUCUGUCAGUCACCGAGAAACUACUUCAGUGAAGAUGAGUAUGGGCACGAUAAGCCGUGAAGUGUUUGGUGGGCACCUGGAAUCGCUGCCGGACCCCUGUGCUCGCGAAAUCAACGGUACAAACGACUUUGUAUGUGGGGCUGAGCUUGCUGUGAGGCUGGUGAUUUCUUAGAUCACGUCAGAUAAUGGCAUUAUUGAAACUACUAGCCGAGCGCCACCGCUACAGGGUGGUAUCCAAUACACCGUUCAGUGAACACUGAUUAGUCGUGUUACGACUAUUAUCCGUAUUUCCAAAGUUCCGUGCCAUCGAUUUAAAACCAUGAAGAACCAUGAGCGUGAUAGUCUAAGGGUGGAAGUUGCAACUGUAAUUGAACCUGAUUUUAUUUUUUGUACAUAGUCAAUAUGUUUGCGAAGGAAACGGAACUCUGAUGGGAAAUGAGAUGCAUAUUUCGAGUGCAGAAGCCGUCGUUUCAGAGCUACCAGAGUACUACAAAAUCGACAAAUAGAUUUCUGGC